AUGCAGCGGGCGCUCUCCAGGGAGCAUCUGAGCGAAUUCGCCCACCAUGCCGUCAGCGGCCUGCGGCGGCUGGUGAAUCCUAAGUCACCCCCCACCACCGUGGCGCAGCAGGAGCUUGUCUCCACCUCCAAAUCAAUAGAGGAGUCCUGGCGAAAAAAGCGAAUCGUCUCAGACACAACGUUAUUGGACAUGUGGGCGGCAGAGUUUCAGGGGGAACUGAUUGCGCAAUUGGAACAGUACACGACGGGCGACGCCCGCAGCGAAGGCAACGGCCACGUAGCAGGCAGUGACGGUGCCGCUACUCCCGCUUUAGCGGGGCCUUCAUCAGAAAAUAAGGGUGAAACACGCAAUUUCAUUGGAGAAACUUCCAUGCUAACAUGCACGGAGGCGCUGAAGAUCCUUAUUCGGACCAACGGGGAGAAUGCAGCCGAACUCUUUACUCGUUACGACUUGGUACGUUACAUGACAAGAUACUUAAUGCAGGUUCCUAUGAGUAAGAAGAUGCGGGACACGCUUGCUUCCGUCUUGUUGGAGAUUGUCGGGUACAACUCCAGGCUUUUAAAGGAAGCUCUCGCCGUGAGCCAGGAACUUCUAGUUUUUCCCGGGGAUGCCAAUAGCGGGCAUGUGGCGACUUCACAACAGUUACAGCUGGCAGGCUUGCUUGCGGCAGCGUUUCGUCGAGUUGACGUGCACAAAGUCCCUGUCGAUAGCGUCCGGCUCAAAUGUGGGCGCGACGGCUUCCUGUCCGGGCUUAUUCGUACUUGUUUAGUUAUUGCCACCGGAGACGCCGGGGGGGCGAGCGGCGGGGCCCAGGUUACCGCCUUGUUGACGUAUUUUGGUUUAUUAAACGGCAUGGUGCGUGGGUGUGCCGCCAACAAGGAAUUGUGUAAGGGGAACCACCGCGACGAGCUUGUGUCACUGUGGAUCAUUGCGGCCUCGAGUGUGUCGAGGGUAGAAACUUCACUGCCCGUCCCUACGAACGUUCCAGGGAAGGAGGCCACCGUUGCCGUGGAGGGGGCCCAGCUCUGGGCCUCGGAGCUCAUUGAAUUUCUGCUGGAGGUUGCAACGAGCGAAAGCUUCGCACUGCGACGGCAGCUACUAAACAGUGAGGGCAUGAACACCGUUGAGGGCCGAAGCGUGCUGAACAACACCGGCUUCCCACCGCUGUCGCCGUCGUCGUUGUCGUUGUCUUCCUCGGGCGUCGUCAGCCGUGCCACGCGAAGCUACGAGUUUUUACCCGCACACUGGGACGCCCUCUUGAGCGGAGGAUCGGCCUACGUGUGGAACCUGGCACGUAUUUUGUUUAACUGCCUCUUGUCCAGUGAAGGGUGCGAGUUUAUUGCAGAGGCGCUUCUCUGCAUGGAUGCACAGAGCACCAUUUCAGAAUUUAUUUACCGCAGCGUGAUUGCCACACUCAUGCUUCUCUGUGUGGCAACCCCGAGAAAUGCCGAAACACUCGCCGAGAGCCCAAUCAUCGAGGCACUUAUCGCACGCAUCACGUGUUCGCAGCCCAGUGUCUUUGCCAACGAGGUGAAGAUCCUUGGAAAGCUUUGUACACCAUGCCACGCCUUAAAUGCGUAUACAAUUCAAACCACAGUGGCCCUCAUGAGCCUGUUGUCGUCGCUGUACGUCGCUGAAAGGAUGCUGCCAAAACUUUUGUACGUCGUGGAGCAAAUGUGCGUUCGGCAAACCUCCUCAAUUGACGCGGAAAUCGUUGAUUCCUUGUUACAUGUCUUUACCUCUUCUGGGCUCCCUCGCGGCGUCCUUUUUUUUCCCGGGGGCGGCAGUGUGGCCUGUAUGGUGGACCGCUUCUCCACCAAGUCUUUCGGUGGCUACAGCUUUGCCGCAUGGAUACGUCCAAAAUGCGUUUGGCUGGAGGGCAGCCCUCUGUAUUCCUUCGCGGACGGCGCAUCUGGGGGCUCCAUGACGUUGGUGGUUGUGGCAAAUGGCCGUUCCUGCGGUCUGAUGACGCGCACGCAGAACUCCAACGAGGUGACGCUCUCCAGCAUUCCCGACACCUCAUUCCCGGCGGAUGCCUGGACGCACGUGGCGUUCAACCACAACAUGUCCGGGUUCUCGAUUUUCAUCAAUGGACGGCGUACGGAGAACAGUUUGUCCAUCCCGUUUCCCAAGUCCCCCUCAAAAAAGGAGCGACUGCAGUUUGGGUUUGGUGGUUGCCCCAAUGAGUACUCCUUUUUUGGCUUCAUUGCGAGCAUUGAGCUGUUUGAUGGGUCUUUCUCAGAGAAGGAGUUGCAGCGCAUGUACCAGGCGGGUCCACGGCCCUCGCGGGAGCUCUCCAUCUCGUGUCACCCGCUGCUGAGCGUGGAGAGCCAAAUGGUCUCCGGCACAAACAAGUUCAGCGUUGGUGUGACCGGAAGCCUGGCGGCGCGGAACGAGGGGGUCUCGGUGCACAGCGUCGUGGCGUGCAGCCCUCUAAACGUGCACGAGAUGUUUUGCCGUCAGGAUGUGGUGAACUGGGCGCUGCGGACCCUCGUGAUGGCCAAGAAAUUCUCCACAAACUUUGGCACGGUUGCCAAGCUGUGUGUGCAGUUUAUCUGCACGGCGAUGAAGCUAACAACGACGGAGAGGGAGCUGAAUCAAAUGGUAAGUGAGCGCGCGAUUCUGCGGCUGCGCGAGCAAAUGCUCACGUGGGAGAACAUCCCCCUUGAGGUCCCGGCCAUUGUGCUCGCCAGCACAAUUCCACGCGGGGGAGGCAAGGUGAUGCGGACCCACCCCACCACACAGGGCAUGCUGUCACUGCUGCUUGACGUCGUUAAUCAGCGGGGCCUGCAUCCUACCGCUAUUAUGUGCAUUUUGCGCGAGCUGAGCGAUGCCUUGCUGCUUCCGGAGAAUGUUGCCAUCUUUCGGGCGGUGCCUGGUCGAUUUGAGCGGAUCUUGGCACUAAGCAUGAGGCUCCCCCCGGAGUGCGUGGAGGGCGUUAUUGCCCUCGUGGAGCGGCUAUGUAAGGAGCCACGUGAAAUGGAGCAAACGCUACUGUUCCUUCUCUCCCCAUCAGCCGCUAAAACGGCUGACUUUGUGAAGGCGGAGAUGCUGCGCAUGCUCUUUGACAUCGCCCUUACCAACACCGCCAUGUGCGACCUCAUUAUGGGCGCCUUUGGGAACAGCGGCGUCUCCUUCCUUAUUUGCCUCGUCGGCGGCAGAAACCACGGUGAUGAGGCGGUGCGUAUCUUCGCCCUACGCAUUAUAUCUCUUAUACAUCACACCAACAAACGGUUUCGUGAGCAUUUUGCGAAAUGCCACGGUUAUGAGGUGCUUGGGGCGGUGAUGACAGGUCCCGCGGCCUCUGCGGUUCCAAUUGGUCUGGCAAGCUUCAACUGUCUUUUUCAGAUGGCCUUCGACGCCUUCCAACCGAACAGCGAGGGGGAGGCGGUGGCGCUGCACCUGCAGCAGGCCGGCUCAUCGAAGGCCAAACGACGCCCCACAAAGCAUCCAGAAUACGUCCGCCAUCCCGCGACGGCCGUUGGAGAAGCAUGGGCUCUUCAAGGUUACAUGCCUGGCUUAGUGUCACCGGAGCUGCGCGUGACGCGACGCGAGUACAGCUUUGACAUCUCCCACGAGCUUAACUUUGGACACGACACACGGACUCUCCUUGACGAUGCGCAUCGAUGCCCUCGAUCCAGAGGAAACACGCACGUUGUCCUGCAGGUGCCGCAAGUGAUUCACACACUCUUGUCGCUGCUAGGGCGUUUGCUGCGCGGCGCCGGGGCAGAUUCCUCAAGAGUUAGUUCCAUGACGGGAGAGUCUCCUGCCUCUUCCGAGGGCAAUUCAGAGACAAAUGUCGCAGUGCACGAGGAGCGAGGGGCCAACAACGCGGUGGACAGUGUGAGUAGGGUGUCUGCUGCCUCUCCCAUGAUGGAAGAAACCACAGAGGGCAUCACACUGCGUGUGCUUGCGCACCUAGAGAAAAUUGUCGACCGCACCGAUAACGGUCAAAUGCUGCUCCCCGUCCCUUGGCUGCUGUGGUUGUGGGAGGCGGUGAGACCCGUGAUUGACCCCCCAAGCAGCAACAGUGUCGAGGUGACCUCUAAGCUUCCAAGGAAGUUCGUGGUCGCUGUGCAGCAGCGCGUGCGAAAAAUAGUGCGCAUUCUGGCCAUUUUGGACCUAAGCCGCAACUACAAGGCUGGAACUGUGCGCACGCUUCGACAGAUGGAGCUCCCCUCGUUCCUCACCCGCCUUGUGCUGGAGGAGAUCGUCUCGCACUUCACGAAAAGUCGAUGUGAGAUACCAGACCAGGGCGAGGCAGCCAACAUCAUCAAGAACCUGGACUCGCUCCUGCACGGCAUCGAAGAGGUGCUGUGGCCGCUCCCACUGGGGCUGGGGCUGGAGAUUGUGAACGCCAUCAGCGCGAUCGCCGUCAACAACAACGCGUGGGUCCGCACAAAGAUGAAAAACUCAAGUCAUCUUUUUGAAACGCGGAAGCAUCUCAGCUUUGUGCUCUUGACAUCGACCAAAAGGUUUUCCAAGCUGGAGUCCGCCACGCUGACGCAGCUGCUGGGGGUGAAUGGGAAUGAACCCAACACGAUACGGGUGGUGCUGCGUCGAUUGAUAACUGCAACAUCCAACUGUGACGCGGACGAGGUCGAGGCCUUGCUUGCCACGACACGCCAGCUGAUAAACAGCGACAUGAAUCAAUUUCACACCGUACUCACUAUUAUUGGCGUGGAGUACCGCAGCUUUGCGGAGCUGUUGUGUGGAAUUGCGGGCGGCAAAAUCGCCCCCUUGUCGGCUUCCCCGGAGCGUGGUGUACAGAGCUCUAACGCCUCGUUUCCCCGUACCGAAGAGAGGGUUCCCGUCGAGGAGGUGCCCGCGUCGGCGGUUAUUCAUUGGAGCCUGGAGAACAAGGCCCCGUGGGAGGUUAUUAGGCAGCGCGUGUGUGCCGCCACCAACUCCUUCGCCACCGCGCGUGGUAAAGGCGGUGUGGAGGCCACUGCGCUGAGUCCGUCGUCCAAGGCGAGGCGGGUGGAAGAGCGCCGGCAUAGCGUCCAGAACAAGGUUGCGGCCGAGGUGGAACGCAUCAACCGGGAAGUCAACUACCAGCUGAAUUUGCGUGGCGCCGGCGGCGGCGACCUCUCCCCGACUCCCAACACCGGCUUUUUGAGGUUGACACAGUCGUCAGACUCGGUACUAUCAGAAUUUUCAAGAACUUUGCCCUUCUGA